CUCUAUCUAACAUAAUACUAGAGCCAGUCUUUUAUAAUAUUAGAGCAUCUAGCUCAAAUAGCAUGGCUUCCAAUCUGAUUAGAGUGAGCACAAGCUUGGUUCUAGUAGUUUUAGUAGCUCUCACAGUUCAAAUUUUCUACAUUUCACCCAUAGAUCCAGUUUUGCUGGAUAUAAAACCUGCUCCUUCAACCAAAGACAAUCAAUUACAGAAUAUCAUUAAGCUUGGAGAAGGACUUUUGAAGGAACCAGAAGAUGUUGUUGUAGAUAAAGAAGGGACUCUCUAUACAGCUACUCGAGAUGGUUGGAUUAAAAGAUUGCGCAGGAAUAAUGGAAAAUGGGAGAAUUGGAAGCAUAUAGAUAGUCAUACUUUGCUAGGAAUCGCAACAGCAAAAGAAGGUGGUCUCAUUGUUUGUGAUACUUCCAAGGGUUUGCUCAAGGUUACAGAAGAAGAUGGUUUUAGUGUUCUUGUUUCACACGUAAAUGGUUCUCAGUUAAGGUUUGCAGACGAUGUGAUAGAAGGCUCAAACGGGAAUGUAUAUUUUAGUGUUGUUAGUACAAAAUUUGAUCUUCAAGAUUGGUAUUUGGAUGUGUUAGAGGCAAGACCUCGUGGACAAGUUCUCAAGUACAAUCCCACAUCAAAUGAGACUGUUAUUGUUCUUGAUAAUGUUGCAUUUGCCAACGGCGUUGCACUCUCUAAGGACGAAGAUUAUCUUGUGGUUUGUGAAACUUGGAAAUACAGGUGUUUGAGGCAUUGGUUAGAAGGAGCAAACAAAGGCACAACAGAUAUUUUCAUUGAAAACCUUCCUGGUGCACCUGAUAAUAUCAAUCUUGCUCCCGAUGGAUCCUUCUGGAUCGCUUUGAUUCAGUUGACUUCUGAAGGAUUUGAGUUUGUCCACAACUACAAGAUAACUAAGCACUUGGUUGCAUCGUUUCCAAGGCUAAUUAACCUUGUCAAUGGCUGCAAGAAGAAAGCAACGGUGGUGAAUGUGGCAACUAAUGGCAGGAUAAUAAGAAAGCUUGAUGAUAGUGAUGGGAAGGUGAUUAAUUUUGUGACUUCAGCUGUGGAGUUUGAGGACCACCUUUACCUUGGUAGUCUUAAUUCCAACUUUGUUGGAAAAUUACCAUUGUAUAGUGCAUAGAAUAGUCAAGUUUAGCCCUCCUUGAAUAAAGGUGUGCCUCAGCUUGGAUCAAGCGAAAGAAGCAUCCCAUGAUGGAUAUGUAUGAUUUAGACCAAGCACAUGUAGGAGAAUAUUGUUCCAUAAUGCAUAUUCUCUGUUCACAUUUUGUUAGUACUAGAACUAGUAUUCUGUUUUUGACUGAAAAAAAAAUAAAGGAAAAAUUGAGUGGUAAAAAAAUAUGAAGACCAUCAAUCGGAUAGCACCAUUGCCUAGUGUAGUACCUCUAAGAGUGUUGCUAGGUGCACCCAGCAUUCUAAUAAAAUGGCAAAAUUAUCCU